UUCUGCUUCCUUCCGGUCCCCUGGACUCUCAAAGGGUUUGUUGUGCGCCACCUCCUGGGCUCCCCAGCAUCGGGCCUUAGUGACCAGACUUCGUGGAGGCGUGGGUUCGGUUGAGCCCUCGACCACCCAUGGCUCCUCUCACGCCGCAGCUGCUCCUGCAACGUGGGCGACCCAAGACCGACAGGCUGGGGAAGAUUCAGAGUCUGAAUCUGUCAGGGCUGGAGCUGCUCUCAGAACACUUGGAUCCCAAUCUCCUGGGACGCCUGAAGAAGCUGAAGGAACUUGACCUCUCUAACAACUUGCUGGAAACGUUGCCUGCUAACCUAGGCCUGUCCCAUCUGCGCAUCCUUCGCUGUACCAACAACCAGCUAGGGGACGUCACCACCUUGCACCAGUUCCCGGAACUUGAGGAGCUCAGUCUGGAAGGCAACCCCUUCCUGACGGUCAGUGACAACCUCAAAGUCUCCUUUCUCCUGCCCAAGCUGCGUAAGGUCAAUGGCAAGGACACGGCCUCCACCUGCUCACAGGUGGAGAGCCUAGAUCGGGAGCUGACCAACAGGGUAAGGAUGAUGAGGUGGAGGUGGGGUCCUUGGUCAUAUCAGUUGGGUAUUGAGGGGGACAGAAGUGGAUUUUUGGAGGUAUGUGACAGAGAUCCUGGCCCAGACAGCCUCAAGUCUGAAGUGUUGAGUCUGGUUUUUUUUUUCUUCCUGUUUGGAGACCCUGUCUCCAAGGUCUCCAGCAAGCACAGCAGGACACCAGGGAGGCUAGACUCUGCAGUGAGCUGUUUUUUUUUGGACACAGGGUCUUGCUUAUGUAGCCCAGAUGUCCCAGGAUUCCUCUGCCUCAGUCUCCCAAGUUUGUCAUCACCACCAUGGCCCAGUUGAACCAAACUGGUUUCAAGUCACGUGACUUCAGUUUAGGCUGGUAGCAAAAUAAGAGGUCUUGCCCACAGAAGUUUCUAAAAGGUGGCGUAGUCAUUAUACUGUGUGGUCAGGAGGAAAUAGGGUGGAGGUACUGCGUGUAGCCAGAAGAUCCAGGCUGGACUGGGCCUCUUCUGGUCCCUCUUACGGCAGGUCACAGCUCUCUG